CCGUAACAAGAAGAGUUAAUUCGGUUAGGAGAAAAAAAAAACAAAGCGUCGAACUUACCAACCAGUCAACCUUUUUGGUGGAAUAUAACGAUCACCAGUCACAAACGAACGCGAACGCUCGAUUAACGUAUAAUAAAUAUUGUUCCGCUCUCGAAAAAAUGUAUUAUGGUCCGUGUGUACACACACGGGAACGAUCGUCUGGUUAACAAAAAAAGAAAAAUAAUAAUUUAAAAGAACCAACCGACCGUGCAUCUCUGAGUUAUAAUGUGCAACAUAAUUUAUUUAUUGCGCUAUGGUUUAUUUUUUAUAAUUAAAAUUGUGCAUUGUAUGCUUACGGGGGUUUAACAAUAAAAUUUAUUUUGUGCAAUAAUUUAUUUUGCUCAAGCAAAUUAAAGUUAUGGAUUAUAUAUGUGCUGUGAACGGCGUAUAUGUUAAUGUGAUACUUAAUACUGUGGCUUCUCAUUUAAAACAAAAAUUAUUGUGUGUUAAUAAUCUGCAAAAGAUGCAUUUAAGUGCCUCAUUAAACGAGAAAAAUCGAAACGAUAUGCAUAAUUAUGCUACUGAGUCUUAGUGUCUGCAGAUCUCAAAUUCGAUAUCUGUGACUCAGGAUAGUGAAUGUUGAUUUGCUCUUAAAAAUGUAUUAUUGCAGAAAGACAGUGUUUAAUAUUAACUGGCCUAGACAACAAAAGAAAAUUACGUGUAUGAACAGAACGAACCGCUGCUAAACAUGGGCUACAAUCAUCCGAUUUAUAAAGUUUUUUAUCGGAAAUGAUUCCAUCUCAAUCCAUCAAACUAAUUUCGACUUUAACAACAAAAUAUGAUAUCAUCAAUGCGUAAUUUGAUAACAGUGUUUCUGUGCAUUGCCGUUGGUGUACUAACCGCAACAAUCAGUAAUUCGUUGUUGUAUCAAGCGCCAGAUGAAUGUCGAUGGUUCGGUUCAGCGAAUGAUAUAACGUUGGUGUGCCGUUUGCGUACGAUAAAUAGUGAACUGGAAAAUACUAACUUCAGCGUAAUUCAACCGCAAAACACCAUACGGCUGCGGCUGGAGUGCAACGAUGCAUUACUUUUUCAGAGUUCCAUUAAUCCCGGAAGUUUUCGACCGUUGUUCGAACUGCGAUCGUUGACUAUUAAUUACUGUAAAAUUGGCAAUCUCACAGAUGGAUCGUUUCAAGGGCUUCGAGAGUUGAGAAAUUUAACCAUUCAGACGCAUAAUACGGAUUGGUCGCCGAUGAGCUUGGAAAUUUCUGGAAAUGUUUUUACCGACGAGCUCAAACUCCUCGAACGUCUUGAUUUGAGUGACAACAGCAUGCGAUUCAUCCCAGAUGCAAUGCUAUGCCCACUGACUUCAUUGGAAUACCUGAAUUUAACCAACAAUCGUCUGCACGAUAUGAUUAGCUUUCAUUUCAGUGCAUCGCCAAGCACUCGGCCGUCGAAGAAAUGUGGUGCCAAUUUACAAACGUUAGACCUAUCGCACAACAACAUCGAUAAUCUACAAGCGGCCAUUUUCUCUGGGCUGGGAAAAUUACAGACGUUACAGCUGAACAACAACAAAAUGAAUUUCAUUGCCGAUCGGGCACUGGAAGGAUUGUUGUCACUUUUAUUGAUCAAUUUGUCGGAAAAUGCGCUAACAAAUCUGCCACCUGAACUGUUCAACGAAGCUCGAAACAUAAAAGAGAUUUACCUGCAAAACAACAGUCUGAAUGUACUUGCUCCGGGACUGUUCGCCGAGUUGAAUCAACUAGCAAUUUUAGACUUGUCACACAACGAACUGACGUCGUAUUGGAUAAAUUCUGGCACAUUUAAAAAGCUCAAGAUGUUGGUGUACCUAGACCUAUCGUUUAAUCACAUCGAUAAACUUGAAGCUGCAAUCUUCUCAGAGCUGCACGAUUUGGAGAUCUUAAAGUUGAAUAACAAUCAAAUCAAGUACAUACCAGAGCAGACGUUCGCGAAUCAGUCGAAACUCACUACACUGGUCUUGUCCAACAAUCAGUUACUUUCGGUCGACUUGAAGACGCUUGCUAAUUUGGAGAGAUUGACAUUAUUGUCUCUGGACUAUAAUCGAAUAUCAAAGAUUCAUCGGCUGGCCUUUGUAAAUUGUACGAGCCUGCAGGACCUCCAUUUAAAUGGAAAUAAAUUGGACAACGUUCCGGAGGCCCUGCGUGAAGUGACUCUACUCAAAACAUUAGACUUGGGAGAGAAUCGAUUAACAACCAUCAAAAACACUCCCAUCGGUGAAAUGACACACCUGUUCGGAUUACGCUUAACAGAGAACUACCUGGAACAAAUCGAACGAGAAACAUUUGCCAAAUUGUACGCACUGCAAAUAUUAAACUUAUCGCGAAAUAAAAUCAAGAAAGUGGACAGCGGCUCCUUCAGCAAUAAUUCAAAUCUACAAGCGAUACGUCUAGACGGCAAUCAAUUAACCGAUAUCGCUGGACUAUUCACUGAUCUACCGAAUUUGGUGUGGCUGAAUAUUUCCGACAAUCAUUUCGAAAUAUUCGAUUAUGCUCUCAUACCCACCGGAUUGAAGUGGCUGGAUAUCCAUGCAAAUCGAAUCGCCGAACUGGGGAAUUAUUUCGAAAUUCAGUCACAUCUCUCGUUGAGCACAUUCGAUGCCAGUUCGAAUCGCUUGACCGAAAUAACCGGAAGCUCCAUACCGAACAGCAUUGAGGUUGUGUACUUGAACGACAAUUUGAUUACGAGAGUGCAAUCGUACACAUUCUUCAAGAAGCCGAAUAUAACUCGCGUUGAUCUGUUUGGCAACAAAAUUUCCACAUUGGAUCCUAAUGCACUGCGCAUAUCUCACAUACCGGAAGACAAACCUUUGCCAGAAUUUUAUGUCGGAGGGAAUCCAUUUCAAUGCGACUGUAAUUUGGACUGGCUUCAAAAGAAUAACACAGCGUCUCGGACUCAACCGCUAUUGAUGGAUGUCGCUAGCAUUUACUGCAAAUUACUGUACAAUCGAGGUAAAACAUACGUUCCACUGGUGGAAGCAAUGGCCAAUCAGUUCCUCUGCAAAUACGAGACACACUGUUCUGCCCUCUGUCAUUGCUGUGAUUUCGUUGCCUGUGAUUGUAAGAUGGGAUGUCCGAAUAAUUGCACCUGCUAUCACGAUCAAAGUUGGACAUCGAAUGUAGUCGACUGUUCGAAAGCUGAAUACAACGAUCGAUUGCCCGAGCAGAUACCUAUGGAUGCAACACAAAUUUACAUCGACGGAAACAAUUUUCCGGAGAUCGGUAGCCAUGCAUUCAUCGGCAGAAAGAAGCUCCGGAUUCUGUUCCUGAAUUCGUCCAACAUUCAAACUCUGCAAAAUCGAACGUUUAACGGUCUGUUUGAGCUGGAAUUGUUGCAUUUGGGUAACAAUAAACUGCAGGUGCUGAACGGGAACGAAUUUGAAGGUUUGGAAAGCCUGACCGAAUUGUAUUUACAGUUUAAUGAAAUUAGUUACGUAGAUAAUGAAACGUUUAGUGAUUUAGUGGCAUUAAAAAUGCUUCGAUUAGACAAUAAUCGCAUCCAGACGAUGAAUCUGUGGAUGCUGCCUACGGUCAGUUUAAUUGACCUUCGACUAUCCGAAAAUCCCUGGAAUUGUUUCUGCAACGAUUCCGAAUAUUUUUACGAAUUCUUUCGACAGCACCAAGUGACUAAAGACUGGCAAAGUAUCAAAUGCUCGUUGAGCGGCGAAAGUGUAAAAUCUCUUGACGAAAUAUUUGUGCUGUUGAGCAGCACCGAACGAACAAAUCUCUGCCGAAUGUCGACAAAAUUCGACAGUGAGAUAAUAGUGGGUAGCAGUGGUGGGAAUUCGACAGCCUCAAAGACCAUGCUUCUGUUGACACACCCGAUGGAAGACUAUGUGAAGAUUUUGAUAUUCACCUUCAUUGCCAUUUUACUGACGAUAACAGUUAGUCUGCUGAUUUUCGCUUUUCGUCAACAGCUUCGUGUGUGGUUCCAUUCCAAAUUCGGUAUACGAUUGUUUUACCACAAUAACGAUAUUGACAAAAACGAACGGGAGAAACUGUUCGAUGCUUUCAUCUCGUAUUCGUCGAAAGACGAGGCAUUUGUCGCCGAAGAGUUGGCACCGAUCCUAGAAAACGGCGACACUCGCUACAACCUCUGUCUUCACUAUCGCGAUUUUCCCGUCGGUGCGUACAUCGCCGAUACGAUUUUACAAGCCAUCGAAUCGUCCCGCCGGACGAUAAUGGUUCUAUCCGAAAAUUAUAUCAAAUCGGAAUGGUGUCGGUUCGAAUUCAAAUCUGCCCAUCAUCAAGUUUUACGCGAUCGUCGACGUCGUUUGAUUGUGAUCAUAUUGGGCGAGAUACCGCACAAGGAUCUCGAUCCCGACAUUCGUCUGUACCUGAAAACAAACACCUAUUUGCAGUGGGGUGACAAAUUCUUUUGGGAUAAACUUCGAUUCGCACUGCCAGACGUGCCUAAUAAUCGGCGGAAUCAAUUGAAUCAAUUGAAUCAAACGGCGUCAACGUCUCGACCAAAUCUUUGCCAUCAUAACAUUAAUAUACACAAUAACCAGCGCAAUCUUAUACAAAUGACUAAUUUACAGCCCCCAAAUAAUUCUAUGCCGUUGGCGGCGGCAUCGAGAGUUUUACCUGUACAAAAUUUGUGAGGAAGUGAUGGGCAAAGAAUUCCUGUUAGAUAGUCGUCUCAUAGUCGAAAUUUAAUUCAUUAAAUAGACGAAACUAAGAAGAAAGCUCACAAAAGUGCAACCUUCGAUUUACACGACAUUCUUUCGCCUCAUGAAUGG